AUGAGCCGGGACGUAGCGAAGAGAAGGAAAAGAGGCAGGGAAAAACAAACGAAAGGUGAGAAGCUUAAACUAAACAGGACUCGCUUCAGUGAGCUGGCUGUAGCUCUCCCCCAAGAAACAACAGUUACAGGGGUUGUCGUCGAGUUUGGACAGUUGUGUUGGAUCAAGCCCAACACCGUUCACAAAUGUGAACUACUUUUCCGGUCGGAGAAUGGCCAACUCGCCGAACACCUGUUGGAUAGGUUCGAGUCAAGCGCCCUGAGAUCUUCAGGUUCCCUCAACGAAGCUCCUGAUGCAUGUAGUUUAGCUCGCCCCCACACAUGCCGCCCCUUGCUCAUUUACCGGCACGAAAUAGAGAGGUCAACAACAACAACUCCUACUACUCUAGGUACCGUAGGUACCUGGUCAACUCACUGCCAGGGCUUCGGCAGGCACUGGGAUUUGGAUAUGAAGCCUUCACAGGUUAGUUCCGAGCAACCUCAGCACGGGCAGCAGAGAAGUUCGACCCAACCUGAGCCAAGAUGCUACCUUCAAUUGAGGCGAGUUACUCUACCAUACAAUAAUGCCAAAGUUCGUCCCUCAGAUCCAGGAGAGAAACGAGAAAGAGAUAAACUACUCACAAUCGUGAGGAUUUGGGGAGUGUUGUAUGUUACGGCCGCGAGGACUGCAGGUUUCCGUGUCUGUUCGGCUACUUUUCUGCCCACUGCAUGUGUAGAGAGCCUGGCAGCUAUCACUACAGCACCAUUCGGUUACCGGCUUCUGUCUUUUACUGGUUAUCAAGAGCUUGUAAAAGGGUUACUUGCUGAGCGACGUUACCUCUCAUAUACAUCGACGCGUGACGGAUUUUGUCCCUGA